GGUAGGGUGCUGGUAACGGGUAACGGUGUUAUCGCAAUAAUGGAUAGAUGAAGGAGCCGCGUGGGCGAAUGACGUCAUUCGCCCACCUGUAGCCACCUAAACGUUUUACGAACCACCCUUAUAUUUCGCUACACAUAGGGUGCUCGAAAAAUAGAGAACAUGCGGAAAGUAUGAUCUAUUUCAAAUGUUCCCACUUCUGGGUAAAAGUAUUGACCAUAAAACGGCGGAUAACAAAUAAAGCAAGUACAAUCCGAUUACGAAUAAUAAUUACAGUAAAAAACUAGCCUACGCAGGUAAUGGAAAAUUAUACUUACAUAUAUAUCCCUAUUUGUAUCCAGCGAAGAUAAUAGAAUAAUCUAUUUCUCGGAUUUAAAGUUGGAAUUUCACCGAUUUUUGGAAGCGGGAAUUUUCUUUUCAACUCCGUGAAUUGAUGAUUUUAUUGUGAUAGGUCGUCAAAAUGAUCCGCGUCAUUAUUUGGGAACGUUCUGAAUCGUCUCGUUGAAACACCCCGUAGGUGCGGGCGUGAUACUCCUUUUACAUGUGUGCGUAUAAUCGCGGGGGUGAAAGACGGCGCCGGCCGCACCCCGACGUCGCGACAUCAGUCGUCGCCUCGACGGGGCUCAACAAGUUUCCGGGUAGACUUUGCGAUUCAAAAAUCUACCAGUCUCACUGAAAUUUUGACGCUGAAAAACAGGAGGUGUUACUUCUUUUUGACAUAGUGAUUUAAUCGAGAAUGAAGUCAGGGGCUGGUAACGUGGACAGUCUGGAAGAAGAAUGGGCAUCCAGCUCUACUAAGGGAGGUAGAAUUAUAAGGAGGAGAUCUAGGAGGACGGAGAGACUGAAUUUUAAAUCGUCUAGAGCUAAUUCUCGAACGACUACACCUAGAGAAAGAACGUUGAGAAGAUUGGAGAGCAAUGAAAGAGAAAGAAUGAGAAUGCACAGCUUGAACGACGCGUUUCAGUCCUUGAGGGAGGUAAUUCCGCAUGUAAGUAAAGAAAGACGUUUAUCCAAGAUUGAAACAUUGACAUUGGCAAAGAAUUACAUAGUAGCGCUGACAGAUGUGAUAUGCGCGAUGAGGAAUGACGAACAAUCUUCGGACCAGCAAAUACCAGAGGAUCCCAGCGAAACCGUAUCAAAUCGAACAGUUCACAUAAAUAUAAACUCUCCAGGAUCUUCGAGACCUUCGAGCCCCGAAGCACAGAGUUUUUACGAGAACAGCGGGCCUGAUUUGUCAUGGGAAAAUAACUCGGACAAGUGUCACGUAUUUUAAAAACUCAAUGGGAUUCGCUACACGUCGGUCUAACCGACGGUAUUAUUUCUGUUGGCAUUAUUUUAUAGUUGUAGGAUCGAUCAAAACUAGUUGAAGCAACACUGAUUAGAUAUCAAUAUCUUGCUCUUCUAGUCAGACAAUGGAAAGUAUUUCCAAGUACAGCUGUUAAGAGGCAAUGAAAACGAUAAUCAGUGAGCAAUUUUCACUAAUCUUCCCAGUAGCCUACCAGUGAUGAUGUAGUGAUCAUAUAUUAAAACAUGUGCCAAAAAAGUUUAAAUGAAGAUUGAAGAAACAGUAUUGAGAUCAAUUACCGACAAAGAAUAUCUCCGGGUAAUGAGAUAAAAUAUUUUUAGAGGAAUUAUAAGAUUUGGCAAAGAGAAAAUAUAUUCAAAUAUUAUUCGUCGGCUGAUUUUAGCAAAAAGAUGUUGCCAAAACGUAGACAAAUUUUAGCUACUAAAAUCUAUUACAUCUUCCUUAAAUAUGCUAUAAUAUAUCAAUUCGAAAAAAUUAGUAUUACGAUAUUCAAUAUUGUAUCUACAUAUACCUAAAGCAUCGAGAAAAAAAUAUCCAAAAUGGAUGAAUAAAUAUAUCUUUAGAGAAAUGGAAAUUUCAGAUAUGUAUAUUUGAUGAGACGAUAAUCAUAGUGAUUGAAUUGUAAUUCAGAGACUGUAUUCUAAGUCAUUGGCAAAUGAUAUAUGGUAAAAAAUUGGAAAAAUUGGAAACCUAACCUAUCCAAGGGCUUGCAGAAUCACGAAAUUAUUUUGCCAGACGUAAGAAACGUAGAAAUAUUUUUACAAAUUAUUAUAACUUACAUCGCAUGCAGCUGAGACACGUCCAAGUUAUUAAAUAUUAAAUUUAAUAACAGAGACAAAAAAAAAA